AAAAAAAAAAAAACUCAAAACACAAAAAACGUGGUAGCGAUAGCGAGAGACAUAACAAAACAAACAUUCGAGAUCGAUCGAUUGAUUCAUCCUCGACCUUUGCUGCAUCUUCCAAUUGCCGAACACGACGAAGCUUGCAAUUCACGAGGCUUGAAGCUUCUCUUCUCUACCUUUCUGGUGGUGGCUGCGCAGCGCUUACUAGGAUUUGGGAAAGAACCCGUUUUCUGCACGCGGGUCAGAAAGACCCGUUUUUACAUGCAGAAUCUUUCUGUUUGUUGAUGCUGAACAAGUGACACAGAAUUAACCCAGUCAACAGUGCAACUAACCCAUAUGGCAGCACUUGUGUCUGGAGAGUUGCCACAUCAUGGAGCAUCUGAUGGAAGCUCUUGUAGAAGUUCUCAAGAUAAGCAAGAAGAAGCAUUGGGUCGCUGGUAUAUGUCUAGAAAAGAAAUAGAAGAAAAUGCUCCGUCAAGAAAAGAUGGAAUUGACUUGAAGAAAGAGACAUAUCUGCGCAAGUCAUACUGUACAUUCUUACAAGAUUUAGGCAUGCGACUUAAAGUGCCUCAAGUAACUAUAGCAACAGCCAUAAUAUUUUGUCAUCGAUUCUUUCUUCGACAAUCUCAUGCAAAGAAUGACCGAAGGACAAUUGCCACAGUUUGCAUGUUUUUGGCUGGAAAGGUUGAAGAGACUCCUCGUCCUCUUAAGGAUGUUAUUCUCAUAUCUUAUGAGAUGAUUCACAAGAAAGACCCAGCUGCUGCUCAGAGGAUAAAACAGAAGGAAGUGUAUGAGCAGCAGAAAGAGUUAAUUUUACUUGGAGAGAGGGUUGUACUUGCCACUUUGGCUUUUGACUUGAAUGUCCAACAUCCAUAUAAGCCCCUUGUCGAGGCCAUAAAGAAGUUCAAUGUUGCUAAGAACGCCCUUGCACAAGUUGCAUGGAACUUUGUUAAUGAUGGGCUGAGGACAUCACUCUGCCUGCAAUUUAAGCCACAUCAUAUUGCGGCAGGUGCCAUUUUCCUUGCUGCCAAGUUCCUGAAAGUGAAGCUUCCGUCAGAUGGUGAGAAGGUUUGGUGGCAGGAGUUUGAUGUCACCCCACGUCAAUUGGAGGAAGUUAGCAAUCAAAUGUUGGAACUUUAUGAGCAGAAUAGAAUUCCACAAUCACAAGGAAGUGAAGCAGAAGGGGUUGCUGCAGGGGGGGUGAGAGCUGCUGCAAGGGCUCCUGCGACGAGUGAGGAGCAGGUUUCAAAACAAAUUUCAUCUCAUUCACCUCCUCAGCGCUCAUCUGUGGAAAAUAACGCAGUACCAGUUUCAAGAACCGAAAACCAAAGCAAUGAUGGGAGUGCAGAAAUGGGAAGUGACAUUACUGAUCACAAGAUGGACUCGGAAACCAGGGAUUCUCAGACCUCAGAAAAGUUACCCGACAAAGAUAAACUUGUUGGAGAUCAAGAGAAACUUGUUGCCACAAAGGAGGCUGCAGAAUUAGGAAGGAAUGAUGAUACAUCAUUAAACAAGUCUAGCUUCAAUGUUGGUCAAAAUCUGGAGCGUCGGGAAGGCCCACUUGGUCAGUCGCCCAAAGAAGCAAUCAAGAUUGACAAAGAUAAGGUAAAGGCCAUAUUAGAAAAAAGGAGAAAGGAACGAGGGGAAAUGACAAUAAAGAAAGAUGUAAUGGAUGAGGAUGAUCUCAUUGAGAGGGAGCUUGAAGAUGGAGUUGAAAUAACAAACAAGAUGAUUGACAAAGACAAAGUAAAGACCGCGUUAGAAAAAAUGAGAAAGGAACGAGGUGAAAUGACAAUAAAGAAAGAUAUAAUGGACGAGGAUGAUCUCAUUGAGAGGGAGCUUGAAGAUGGAGUAGAGUUAGCAGUUGAGAAUGAGAAAAAUAAGCAACAGAGAAGACAGAGCUUGUCUAAGCCUGAUGAUGAAGAUCAUGGUGAGGACCUUGAGGAGGCUAGAGACAGGGACGGAUUCAAUGCAGAAAAAGGGGAUAUGAUAGAUGAUGCUUCAUCGUUGUUGAACAAUCAUCACAAGAGAAAGGGUAGCCCUCCAGCAAGUCAACCAGAAACAAAGAAGCGGCUUGAUUCCAAUUAUCACAAUGAUUUUUCCGAGUAAGGAAAUGGGAAGGAUAGAUUUGGUUAUGCAGACAGGGGGAACACAUAAGGAAAGAAGAGAAAAAUAUUUGUUGAGGUGAAUAUUCUACUGUCCUUUAUUUGCUUAAUGUGAUAAGGAAUUGAUGACUCUGGAUGCUCUUGUUUACCUUCUGACAUUUCUUAAUUAUGGAACGGGAUGCCUCAAUUUUGGUAGUGCAAUUAAUAGCAUUUAUUAGCUUAUGCUUUGAGGGGAUGUUUUGAGAAUUUCAUGCUGUUGUCAGGGGGUGCCUCAAUUUUGGUAGUAAUGCAAUUUCGUAGCUUACCCUGUUAA